AACCCGUCGUAACAACACCAAAGUUUUCCAUUUUGGUGAGAAAAAAAUUGUAUUAGGACCUGGGGGAAUCCAUCCUGAUCCAACGAUUCAGCGGGAUUCGAUCCGUUAUUCGGUUAAAAAAACUUCCAUUUUGGUGAGAAAAAAGUUGAACUGGGACCUGGGGGUAAUCCGUCCUGAUCCAACCAUACAGUGCGAUUCGAUCCAUUAUUCGGUUUUUUUUUUAAAAAAAAAACAGUGUGAAUGCACCAGCUUAUAAUCAGAGUCGACAUGAACCUUCACUGACGCCACGUUUUCCAACCGCGGUCCCCAUCUCAAACGCUCUCGCAUUAAUUUCUCUAUUGAAGCACCCAUCCAAAUCUUCUUCUAAGUAAAAAAGCAGCUUCUUCCGGUUCUUUAAGGACCAAAAAACAAAAACACCAGAAAAGAAUUGGUGAGGAAGUGUAGUGGGACUGAAGACUAAAAUAAAAAAAAAAAAAAAUGCAUAAGCCUCUGCUGUUCGGAGAAAGCAGUUGCGCCGGUGGAAGCAGAGAUCGGUUUUAUCGUCGCUCUGAAGCUAUUACCUACGGCUCUCCUUACCAGAGAGCAGCUGCCCUCGUCGAUCUGGCCGAGGAUGGUGUUGGUCUACCUGAGCAAAUUCUUGAUAAAGCUAGCUUUGGAAGUGCGGCAAAGGCCUACUUCAUCUUUAUUAAAUUUGAUCCCAUUUGGACCCUUAAUUACUUUGCACUGAUUGUCCUAAAUUUUUUUGAGAAGCCUUUGUGGUGUUUAAGGAGUAGUUCACACUCUUGCAGUGAUAGGGAGUACUUUUUUCUUGGGCAGUUGCCUUACUUGACUGCUACAGAGUCUCUUAUUUAUGAGGUUGUAACUCUCAUUGUCCUCAUGAUACAUGCUUUUUUCCCAAUUUCCUAUGAAGGGUCCUGUAUCUAUUGGAAACGUCCUGUUAAUCAGUUAAAGGUCUUUUGCCUCUUAAUUUUGGUUGCAGAUUUACUGGUUUAUUCUCUCUAUUUGUCUCCAGUGGCCUUGAAUUCUCUUCCCUUGAGGGUUGCUCCUUAUGUCAGAAUUAUUAUUUUGAUCCUAAACAUUAGGGAAUUACGAGCUAGCAUCCUCAUUUUGGCUGGAAUGAUUGGAACUUACUUGAAUGUCUUGGCUCUGUGGCUGUUAUUUCUUCUGUUAGCUAGUUGGGUAGCAUAUGUUAUGUUUGAAGAUACACAAGAGGGUAAAUUGGUAUUUACAUCAUAUGGUACCACGUUGUAUCAGAUGUUUGUUUUAUUCACCACAUCCAACAACCCAGAUGUAUGGAUUCCUGCCUACAAGGCUUCACGUUGGUAUUGCCUUUUUUUUGUUCUCUAUGUCCUAAUUGGGGUUUACUUUGUCACAAAUUUGAUCCUUGCUGUUGUAUAUGACAGCUUCAAAAGUGAGCUUGCAAAACAAGUCUUUGAGAUGGAUCGAAUGAGGAGAAAUAUAUUGUGUAAAGCCUUUGAUCUCAUUGAUGAUUAUAAUGUUGGGUUCCUCAACAAGGAGCAAUGCAUUCAUCUUUUUGAAGAACUGAAUAAGUACAGGACUUUGCCAAAAAUAUCAAGGGAAGAAUUUGAGUUAAUAUUUGAUGAGCUGGAUGAUAGUCAUGACUUCAAGAUCAACUUGGAUGAAUUUACUGAUCUUUGCAAUGCCAUUGCUCUAAGAUUCCAAAAGGAGGAUACUUCAUCUUUAUUUGAUAGGUUUCAAUUCUACAAGUCACCUUUCUCUGAAAAUUUGAAAGCCUUCAUUCGGAGCCCCAAAUUUGGAUACAUAGUAUCCUUUGUUCUCAUACUGAAUCUAUUUGCAGUUAUUAUUGAGACGACGCUUGAUAUUGAAAACAACUCUGCUCAGAAGGUGUGGCAGGAGGUUGAGUUUGUUUUUGGGUGGAUAUAUGUACUGGAAAUGGCACUGAAAGUUUAUUCAUUUGGAUUUGAAAAUUAUUGGAGGGAUGGGCAGAAUCGCUUUGAUUUUCUAAUCACAUGGAUAAUAGUUAUAGGGGAAACUAUAACUUUUGCAUCUCCUGAUGGACUUGAUUUUUUUUCAAAUGGAGAAUGGAUUCGCUACCUCCUUCUUGCCAGAAUGCUAAGAUUGAUAAGGCUCCUGAUGCAUGUCCGAAGUUACCGAGCCUUUGUUGCCACAUUCUUAACCCUCAUACCAAGUUUAAUGCCAUAUCUUGGGACCAUAUUUUGUGUCCUAUGCAUCUAUUGCUCACUUGGUGUACAGAUCUUUGGUGGGAUUGUCAAUGCUGGGAAUUCUAAUCUAGAAGGGACAGAUCUCACUGAUGAUGACUAUUUGCUUUUCAACUUUAAUGAUUAUCCAAAUGGAAUGGUGACACUUUUUAACUUGCUAGUUAUGGGAAAUUGGCAAGUGUGGAUGCAGAGCUACAAAGAAUUGACUGGAACUUCUUGGACCCUUGUAUAUUUUAUCAGCUUCUACCUAGUUACUGUUUUGUUACUUUUGAAUUUGGUUGUAGCUUUUGUCUUGGAGGCAUUCUUUGCUGAAAUGGAUCUUGAGGAGUCAGGGAAUUGUGAAGAAGAUGACAAGGAUGCUGGAUCAGGAAAAUAUCGAAGGAGGCUUGUUGGCACAAAGACUCGUAGUCAAAGAGUUGAUGUUCUUCUACAUCACAUGUUGAGUGCGGAGCUGGAUAAAAGCCAAUCCUCAGCCUCUGCUGGUCCCUAGCUUCAUUUCAUUUCUUCUUCUGGUGCACGACAUGUUUGAAGUGUUCAACUUGGUGUGUAAUGUGUCAAUGUACGGCCACGUCGAAAACCAUUUUCUCUUCUAAAAUGUUCCCAUAUUUAGAUUUCCGAUUCGUCUUGUAUGUGGUUUGGAGUCCUUGUUAUAUAUUUGUCCCAUAUAGGAUUCAUACAAUUGUACUGGCUUAGUGAGCAAAAAAGAGAAUGAUGAUGAUAGAUUGAUAGCGGGGUUGUGUCUUAACCUGAGUUGCUCAUAGAGUCAUAGUGGUCAUAUGGUUGACAAUGUAAAAGGUUCAAUGCCUUUGUUUCAAUUUAGAAGACCCUACUGUAACAUUUGAAUUGAAAUUCGUUCCUUCUGUUGCUUUC